UGAUCGCUCUAAACCAACGACAGACUUGUUCCAACAAGAACCGGGGGCCUAUUUUGACUUUUGACACAAAACGAUCAACAAGUUUUUGAAGAAUUGACAAGAAAAGUGUUUCAUAGAGAAAAUGCAACUGGUUAGCCAGUCAAAUGGCCAUUUGAAAAAGAGAAUUUUAAGGAUAUAUCUGUCUAAGAAAUUGCUUUGUACUUACAAGCUUUGAAUAUCGGCUCAAGUGUUCGUAAAACCGUUUUCACCUUGUGCGGUGGUUGAUAUUAGAUGAAGGAAAAGGCUAAAAUACGGCAGCAUUUAUCGAGGAAUUGUCGAGCCUCUGCACUACUAUUCCCGUUAAGAUGUUACGGAGUAAAAUCAAAGAAGAAAAGCUUUAUUUAUGAUAGCUAAAAUACGGAAUUGAUCGCCAAAACAACAAGCGAACAUAAACCAAGCCAACAACGGGACAGUAAGGACAUAUCCGAUUGCCUAUAUGAAGAAUCUUGUCUUGCUUAUCGCGUGCUUUAGCGUGGGGCUAGCGAAUGAUGAUGACUUCUGCAAAGAAAAAGACGCCGGCCAUUACACGGACCCAGCUGAUUGUGCCAAGUUCUACCAGUGCGAUGGCUUUCACAGGACCUUCCACAGGAUGUGCUCAGACGUACCCAAAUGGAGUGUAAUGAAAAGCACCUGUGACCAUGCUAAGAAUGUAGACUGCAGACUCAAAUCUCACCCCGAAUGUUGUGGUGCCUCUCAGAGAACCACGAUCCUACAAAAGCUUGAAUUCUUCUGCUACACAUGUGCUGCAGAAAACCAGAUGAUGCUAGCGCAGGGAUUACAGCCUGCGCAACAACAGGUGUGGAUUGGCUACCGUCGGCUUAGGCAUGAAACACCAUUCUACUGAGUCCAAGACUACUUUUACACGCUGGUACAUAGGAGAGCCGAACUACGUUUUUGAACAUUUCGUCCACAUGUACGGGGAUUCUUCACGCCCUAAACGGCCCGCGGGAACCUAGAACAGUUACCGCUGUUACCGACUGGGAUGUGGGAUACGGUGCGAGAUGUAAAGACAGCAGUUAUGACUCAGUACACUUAGUGAAGCUGAAAUAAUAAAAAAAAAUAAUGAUGUUGAUUAUAAAUAGUAAUAAAUGAUCACUUUCAA